AAUAUGGUCUUUCUUCAAUGCAUUUUGGAUAUUUGAUGGUUUAUUUUUUGAGAAUUACACAAACUCAAUUUUGCAAUCACUAUAUUCGACAAUAGUAGUACAAUAGUAUAACAAAUAAAACGUUUCUAUCAGUGUUCAAUCGAUAUUUUGAAGCUGCGUCACAGAAAAUACAUGAAAAGGUGACUGAGAUAAACAACCUUUUUCUUUUCUUUUGUUGUUUGUAAAUAAUAUAAGUUUUUGAAUUUAUCGAGUCAGAUCUUCUUUUCAGUAGUUGAUCAUUUGCUAUAUAAAUCUAUGCUAUAUAUGGAAUUAUUGAUGGCUUAGUAAUCAGACAAUCGUUUCUCAUAGCUUGUCUCUUGCUUAACCUAACCUAACCUAACUUAAAGCCUUGCCUAACCUAACUUCAGCUAAAGUAACCAAUCUAACCUCGAUUUUGAUCGUUUAAACGCGAUAAAGUGAAAUACCAGUUGUUUACAAGAUUCUUGAAUUUAUACGGAAAUAAGGAUAUAAGAAGGCAAGGCAAAAGAAUAGAAAAGAAGAAGAAAGAAGCAGUAAAACUGUUGUCACAGCUGAUUUUAUAUGCAUUUUUUAGAUAAAUAAUUUGUGACGUUUGUCAAAUAAUAAAGCUUCAAUAUGGUUUGCGAGAAGUGUGCAAAGAAAUUGGGCACAGUUAUUACUCCAGAUCCUUGGAAGGCAGGUGCAAGGAACACAGUGGAAAGUGGAGGUCGUAAAGUAGGAGAAAAUAAAGCUCUUUCCUCAGGAAAAGCACGAUUCACGCCAUAUACCACAAAAUUUGAGACUUGUAGGAUAUGUAGACAGAAAGUUCAUCAAGUGGGUUCCCAUUAUUGUCAGUCCUGUGCGUAUAAGAAAGGUAUAUGUGCUAUGUGUGGUAAAAGGCUGUUAAAUAUAAAGAAUUAUAAACAGUCAGCCACAUAAUUUUUUUUAAAGAUGGAAUACAAAAUUCGAGACUAAGAAUUCAUUAUACUAAGAUAUAUUAUAUACGACUCAAUUAUACAUCAUUAUUUAAUAUUAUGAGCAUAACAUUAUUUCCAACGCACAAAUUUGUCAAAAAAUUUCUUGUUUCCUUAAACAUGUUUUAUUAACUCCUUAACUUUGUAGUUAUGGUUUAUAUAUAUGCGCCCUAUAUCUUGAAAUAUUAUACUGAAACUAUUAAAGAGUAGGUUUGCAAA